AUGUUAAAACGAGUAAGUAACAAAAUAAUAUUUGAACGCUUAAAAAAAUCACUGACACGAGAAUUGCAUGUCAGUAAUUACUUAAAUAGUGAUGUAAAAUUAUCAUACGCGUCGUAUGAUGCCUCAAAGUCUGAUAAACCACCAGUUAUAAUAAUGCACGGAUUAUUUGGCUCCAAGAAUAAUUGGAAUACACUUGCCAAGGCGAUAAACCAGCAGACUAAGAGGCAAGUGAUAACUGUUGACGCUAGAAAUCAUGGCGAGUCUCCGCAUUCUAGUGAAAUGAACUACCCAGCGAUGGCUGGAGACGUGAAAGCUUUGAUGAGAGAUUUGAAUUUUUGUAAAUCAGUCUGCAUUGGCCACAGCAUGGGAGGUGCUGUCAUGAUGCUGACGGCGUUGAAUUAUCCGGAGCUGAUAGACAAACUGAUCGUCGUAGACAUGUCACCGGUAAAAACCAGCCCGAGUCUCUACGAGAUGACUGGGAUUAUUGGUGCGUUGAAAGCUAUCGAUUUCAAUAAUUACAAGACUCUGUCUGAAGCUAGGAAAGGUAUCGAUCAACAACUAGCUAAAACUAUCUACGCACUGUCCUUGAGACAGUUUUUGGUGACCAAUGUCAUGGAAGUUACUCCUGGAGUCUACAAGUGGAGAGUUAACUUAAAUGUUAUUGCAGAUAAUUUUUCUAACAACAUUGCUAGGUUUCCGGAACUGGUUCCAAGUUUGAAGAACAAAGUUUUCGACGGACAAACUUUGUUCAUCGCUGGUGGCAACAGUGAUUACGUCAAGCGAGAAGAUGAAGACAAGAUUAAAAAACUUUUUCCCAAGGUUGAUAUUAAAGAAGAACAUCAAUAUUUAUCUUUGGAUAAUAGAUAA